AUGAAACAUCUCGCAAACACGUCGAGGCUCUCCCUCACCAGCCUGCACAAUGCCGCCAGGCGAGGGGAUUCAACUUCCCUGCAACGCCUCAUUGCUACCAUUGACCCGCUCGCGGCGGAGAAGAUUGCUGCGGUUCUACGAGACGGCGACAGCAGGGGGGCGUGCAUCUCGAGUCCUCGCACUGCUGCCGCUCCUAAGAAUAAGGUCAAGGGCAAAGGAGCUGGCAGAACCACGUCAAAACUCGUGCACGCGCAAGGAAAGUCAGGUGGCAAGAAGAAAAAAACUCCUAGCCGCUUGAAGCGAUUGUUACAAAAACAGGACUCAAAGCGGCGGACGGCACUCUAUGUGGCAUGUGCUUCCGGAAACACCGAAAUAGCAGACGCUUUGCUGACGGUCGGUGCUAGCCUAGAUGGCCACGGUGCCUGGCAAAGGACCCCGCUACACAUCGCUGCCUUCGAGGGUCACACUUCGGCAAUGCGCCGGCUGCUAGGUGCAGGAGCAGACCCCUGGGCCUUGAACGAUCGUGGACAGACCCCAUCGGAAGUGAGCCAAAUGUUCAACGCCAACCGCGAGGCCCUGGGGCUGCUUGAGGAGGCGGCCAUCAUGCGGCGAGAAGUGUCCACAGGAACGGAGGGGCUGAUAGGGACGACUUUCGUCCACGAUGACGGCCAGGUCGGAACCGUUGUUGACGCGGUCGAGCGAUGGGCGUUCACUCUGGAGGUCGAGUUGGACGGCUGGAAGAUGGUGAACGGCUCGGGAGCCAAGCUUUAUCUUCCUGUGCCGGAGGUGGGUCUUGCUGCAGGGCUCGGGGCCGUUGGGCACCACGGGGAUCGGGAAAGGUACCAAGGCGAAGACGGCUCGAAAGCGACCAUUAGCUGUGCCACGCCAAGGGGUCCGGAAAAUGCAGGCCAUGGACAUCGGCAAGUUGGGCCGUCGGGGGAGUGCUCAACACGGCGUUGCCUCUCAGCGAGGCUUGUCCAAGUGGCGAGCAAGCGCGGGGUGUCGAGACGCCACCGGGAACAAAGGGCGUCCUCAGAAGAUUCGUGGGCAAAAGAUGGCGACACCGACGACGAAAGCGGGGCUCCGGAUGAUUGGUCGGUCGGAACGGAAAGUGCGGCGGAAUUUGACGCAUGCGUGGCAACCCCCGUGAACGAACGCACGCGUGAAGGCUUCGGGUCACAACGGGCGGGAAUAGAGAGCCGUAGUACAAACCGCAGGGAAGCUCCGUCCCAAGGUGCUUAUUCAGCGGCACCGACUGCUGGGAUGCACCUCUAG